AUGCCAAGAGGUCAAGAACUUCGAAGGGCCGGCCGUGGCCACCUGCGGGGAAGUGGUCGUCCCCAACGUGCUCAGGGCCCGGACGUUUGUGGUCCUUGCCUUGGCCUUCCGUUUCCGUAUACCCCUACCGAGUUUCUUCACGUCCAUGGUUUCACCGUUUGUUACAUGGGGGUACACUCCGAAGAGCAACGAUAUGCGUCAGUCGUGGAACAACUCAAAGCAAAGGUGGCUAAGAGUGUGGCCAACCAAGCGUUUUACCAGGCAUCCUAUGAUCUGCUUAUCACACACAAGAUACCUGCCGCCGACUUGCCGGAAGGGGUUUACGAAACCAUCAUCGAGAACUACAGACAGCUUCAUAAUACAGCCUUGCCAAAACUCAGGUAUCUUCUGCAAGCCGAGAAGGAAAACCGAAUUGUUGAUCCGAGGGACGUUCUAAGCACGUCCAUCUACAAUCAACCGGUGCAGAUAGCGAGGCAGGUACAAGUCACGAUAGGAGAUCGCCUUGAAAAUUUCCGAGUCAUUCAGUUUCUAUUCAUGCGUUAUGGGAGAUGGUUUCUCGGAUACUCCCCUGGAACCUUUAUUUUCCGAUACUCGAACCCUUUGCCGUUCGCUGAAGGACUGAACAUCACGCCGAGCAUCAUGAACUUCACAUAUGAAGGCCAAGUACCUCGAAGCUCCUUUGAGUACAGGCUACGUCUCAUGACCCUCUGGAAGCCAGCCUCCGAAUUGUUCUUCAGCGAGAUUGCGCUCCUCUGCGGCAGAUAUCACAAAGCCCUCUUCCCGAGACACGAAUACAUACGCUCAAAACCGAUGAUAGUUCCUGAUGAUUUCAGAGACAUCCUAGAAGACUGGACAUCUUGCUCCCAAAGAACCAAUUUUGUGUUUCCAGCCCAAGUGACCAGGAUCUGCAUUUGGCAGCAUCCAGCAGCCCAAGAGGUUGCGUGGCUUAUACUUCGACUCAAAGAUGUGCCUGAAGUCUACGAAGGUGUUCAGUCGCUAGAACUAGAAUAUCUUCUCACAAAUGUCACCGGUCUAUCACUGCAAGUUCUUGCAGACCACUGGAACACUCAGCUGCAAACAAUGGCGUGGCACCAUUUCCAUUAUGGGAAUCGUCGAGAACUCUUUAUCUACGAAAAUCAGGGGCAAUCGGUAAGUCUUCAACCUUCCAGCACUGUCCGUUUCAGCGCUUCCCAUAUUUGA